AUGAGCUCCAAUAAUGCUAAACUGGAAAGAACACUACAGCGAUUUCAAAAUAAGAUCGAAAUAGGUGAUUACUAUGAGGCGCAUCAGACGUUGAGAACAAUUGCAAAUAGAUACGUAAGAGGUAAGGCAUACUCUGAUGCAAUCGAUCUUGUGUUUCAUGGUGCAGCAGCCUUUCUAAAAGCAAAGCAGGGUGGAUCAGGUACUGAUCUAAUCUUUUACCUGCUUGAAAUUUAUGACGUUGCAGAUGUGAGGGCUGAUGAUGCAUCAGUGUCAAGACUAGUGCAAUUACUCGUUGCGCUCAAUCCAGAAGAACCAAAUUUGAGGGAUGUUGUCACUGGUAUGAACAAUUGGUCCAUCAAACACGGAGAAUAUAAAUUUGGUGACCCCUAUUUGCACAACGCUAUUGGCUCGAAAUUAAUUGAAGGUGGCUACGCCUACGAAGCCGAAAGAUAUCUAAUGCUUGGACCACAUGAAUCCUUGGACAAAUAUGUGAGCUUUUUAUGGGAAUGGUACCAGCAAGAAUGCGACGUUGAAACGUUUGGCGAUUUCUUGAGCAGAUUGAUAUUCAACUACCUGUUCAUCUCAAAUAUUCAAUACGCGUUUGAGGCGAGAGAUAAAUUUCUACAACGGUUUAUCGAUAAGUACUCGCCAAAAGUGCAGGUAAUAGAGAAAAAAAAUGCCAAGAUGUUCUAUUUCGAGGACUUCAGCGAGUUGAAUUUUCUGCAACUGAUUUUGAUAACAUGUCAAACAAAGGAAAAGAAUUUUUUCAACAACUUGAAGGACCACUAUGCAAACUGUGCUGAAAAGUACAGUGCUGAACUAGAAUUUUUAGGUCAGGAGUAUUUUGGCAUAGUAGCUCAGAGGCAAUCCAACUUCUUACAGGACAUGAUGGCGGGAUUUUUAGGUGGCGGUGCUUCCAAAGGCCUAAAAUAA